AUGCGAGAUUUGAAACCGACCACCAAUCGGACGGUCGGUGCAGGAUUACCCGUUGCGCCCAUCGCGACACCGCCAGUGGCUCGAGAUAAGCCUGUAUCGACCACCGUCAUACCCAAGAAGCGGAAUAUGUAUACUUCUACUUCGAGUUGGCAUAGUGCUAAAGAUAUCUUUCGAAAGAAGGGGCUGACUGGGCUCUACAGUGGAUUCAGUUUGCAUUUAGUAAGAGAUACGGUGGGUACAGCAGUCUAUUUCGGUGGAUAUGAGACAACAAAAUACGUAUUAAGUGGAGGAGACAAGGCAUCCAAGGGAUCGCCUUUGACCCAAUUUUUGGCGGGAGGUAUCUGUGGCAUCAUGUGUUGGCUUGUGGUAUUUCCCCUGGAUUUGGUCAAGACCUUGAUCCAGAAAGAGAUUUUACAGCCGAACCCGACGUACAAGAACGCACAGGCGUGUGUCAAGGAUAUUUACACCCGAAAUGGCGUGGCAGGUUUUUAUCGGGGUAUUACCGUUACCUUGAUUCGUGCUUUCCCUAUUCAUUCAUUGAAUUUCUUGGUCUAUGAACAAACCUUGAUCUCACGACAACAGUUUGCUCAAAAGCUUUCUGCAAUAGAGAAAGCCAUUCAGGAAAGUGAUGUUAUUGCAAUCGAUACAGAGUUAUCAGGUCUUCAUCGUCCGUUUACACCUGUGCGAUUAUACUCAAUGAAAGAUCGUUAUGUCGAAUACAAGGAAGCCAGUGAACGUUUCCUUAUUAUUCAAUUUGGCAUGUGCACGUUCAAGUGGGAUCAACCUUCAGGAAGAUAUAUCGCCAAACCCUUCAAUUUCUAUAUCUUUCCUACCAGUAUUACGGGUCAAGUGCAAACGAAUCGAGUGUUUCAGACGCAAGCGCAAGCAUUUGAUUUCUUGGUGAAGCAAUCCUUUGAUUUUAACAAAUGGGUGUAUCAAGGCAUUCCUUACAUGACCAGACAAGAGGAGAAAGUGUACGUGGCUCAAGCGCAAAAUAAGUUGAACGAUGUGAUGCCAGAUAUUCCCAUUGACGAUAAAGAAGUCGACUUUAUGAAGGCUGCUACCACCAAGAUUGAAGCUUGGUUGGCAGAAAAGGAUCCUCAAGAUCCCGAAGGCGUGAAUAUCAAUGCUAAAAAUGCGUAUCAGCGAAGAUUGAUUUAUCAACAGGUACGAAAGUAUCCUGGAUUAACGGCUGUGGGCAUGCCCGGUUUCAUUCGAGCCCAAAAGUUUACAGAAAAGCAGCAUGAGGAGCGUAACAAGGAAAAGCUUGAAAAGUUUGAAAAGGAUUUGACUACCGCCAUUGGAUUUCGAAAGGUCAUCGAUAUGAUUUCAGAGUCUGGAAAGAUUGUUGUCGGUCAUAACAUGCUAUUAGAUGUCUGUCACAUGAUUGGUCAGUUUGUGGAGCCUUUACCUGAGACCUUGGAAGAGUUCAAGACGCUUUCUCACCGUAUCUUUCCCAACAUGAUUGAUACGAAAAAUAUGUGUUCGUCAGAACCAGAGUUAAGAUCGGUGUUUGGUACAUCCACGGCUUUAGAACAAUUACGAUUCGAGACGAAUAAGGAAGCCUACAGCAACCCACGUAUUGAUAUGCACCCUGCUUUCCCUCGUUAUCUGACAGAAAUGGCGCAUGAGGCAGGUUACGAUGCCUUUAUGACAGGAGCGGUCUUUUUAAAGCUGACCUCGUACUUGGAUAAAUGUCGCAACCCCGAAAAGUUCCCGGAAAAGGUAGAAGAGGAAGAGAAGGAGGAAGAGGUGAAGGCUACUAAAGUAGAUGCCGAUGGAUGGGAUAUCACGGACGAUGAAGAAGAGGAAGCAGCCGAAUCUGCAUGGAACAUUGAUGAAGUAGAGGAAGUGUAUAAUUAUGGCACGACACGAGUAGAUUUGGUAAAUGCCGAUGGCAAGAUGGAUAACGUCUUGAAAAAUAUCAAUAAUAAGGCAGCAAUUGUACGUACCGCCUAUGAUUAUUUUGAUUUCACUCAACCUGAAGUGAUUACAGUCCAAUCGAAUGCGGUGCAUGUGGCGUACCCUCGUGGUACCUCCAUGGAUAAAGCAAUGGCCGCACGAUUAUUCUCAAAGUAUGGCAAACAUAUUCUUGAACCAAUCGAUGAUACAUCUUGUUAUAUUAUUUUUGAAAACCUGAGAGUACCUGUUGAAAAUAUCGAUGAAAUUAUUAUUACACCUCUUAUGAAACCCACUGAAUAA